AUGCGUCAGAUCUACCCGUCCACCCAGCGCCGCGCCGUUAUCGCCGGCAAACGCGCUGCGAGCCUCCCCUCUGCUUCGUUAGACCGAGCCGCCGCCUCACUCUCCCUCAACCCGCCUUCGAAUGGCCCAGGAUACGCUGGGGGAAGCGGGAAUUACGGAGGCGGGAACUUAGGGAGCAGUGGGGGAAGCGGAAAUUAUGGAGGGGGGAACUUAGUGGGGAGUGGGGGAAGCGGGAAUUACGGGGGCGGGAACUUGGUGGGGAGUGGAGGGAGCGCGAAUUAUGGGGGCGCUAAUUCAGGGAGUGGUGGGGGGAGCGGGAAUUAUGGGGGAGGGAAGUUGGCAGGAGCUGGGGGGAGCGGAAACUAUGGAGGCGGAAAGUUAGGGGGAAGCGGGGGAAGCGGAAACUAUGGGGGCGGAAAGUUAGGGGGGAGCGGGGGAAGCGGGAAUUAUGGGGGCGGAAAGCUAAGGGCAAGUGGGGGGAGCGGGAACUAUGGGGAGGGCGCGGGGAAGCAGCAGCAGGCGCGGGGAGCCAAGGGCGCGACAAGGAUGGGUGGGGGAAUGGGGCUGGGGGCGGGGGGAGCGCCGGGGGGAAUGUCUGGGGGGAUGGGGGGAGCUAUGGGGGGUGGGGGGCUUGGCGGGGGGGCGGUUGGGGGGCCUGCGGUUCCCCCAAUGCGCAGGAGCGUGAGUGGGGAUCGAACAUCCAUGAACAAAAUGCCUGGGGAGAUGAUGGGAGGGGGGAUGGGGCCGGGUAUGGGCGGGGGGAGGGGGGGAGGUCUGGGCGGGGGAACGGGGGGUGGUAUGGGCGGACCAGGAGGCAUGGGGAUGGGGGGGAUGGUGCCUUGUAAUGCCCCUCGCCCGAACGCGCCCCAUCCCUAUAAUCACCACCCUCAGCAAAUGCAGCAGCAGCAAAUGUAUCAGCAGCAGCAGUACCAGCAGCAGCAGCAGCAGGGAGUGUCUAUGAAGCCACCCCAGCAGGAGCAGGAUGAGGAGGGGCCGCCUACCCUGGUGCUCCCUCCCUUCUUCCGCACUCGCAGCGUCCCUGAGCGAGAACUCUACCCCAACCUCCUGAACCACAUGCCGAACCAGAUGCUUCAACAACCCAAUCCUGCUGCCUUUGGUAAUUCUCCUGGGGCAGGCCUGGGUGGAGGCAUGGGAGGAGGCAUGAACUACCCCCAGUCCCCUACUCCUGAUUUCUGCAGUCCCACAGUUCCUCCCGAGCUUGAGUGGGAUGGUGUGAACCCGCAAGGGAUUGCCUCUCAGCAACAACAGCAGCUGCAGCAGCAAGGGCAGAAGCCGCAGCGGCAGCACCGGCUUUCUCAGUCUCAGCAGCAACAGCAGCAGCAGGGAGGGGGGUUGGCGCCGCUGCGUCGAGUUCACACCGGCACGCCCUCCCAGCCUGCCGCCCUUCCCCCCACCGCCGCCCUGCCUCUCCGCCGCUCCGUCUCCAGCUCAACCACUCGCACUCACGCCCACACCGCUGACAACCCCUCUGCACCUUCAGGCAUAGCAGCAUCCGCAGUUGCAGCAGCAGCAGGUGCUGGGCGUAGUCCUGUGUCUGCAUCAUCCCGAGGCGAGUCAGAGGGCGCUCCUGCUGAGACGUUUGGGGAUCUGUACCCGUCUGCUGGUGGUGCUGCAGGCGGGAACAGCUCCUCUGCUUCUAGACCAACCUCUGCUGCCUCCUCUGCUGCCUCCCCUGCUCGUGCUCCUCCCCUCAGCUGCAGCAGCAACAGCAGCAGCAUGGCUUCUCCCGGUAUUCCAGGCAAUCCCGCAGCAGCUGGGGCAGGAACAGCUGGGAGUCCGUUUCGCAAGCCCUUCCCGCCCCUCCCUGCUCUCCAGAUUCCGUUUAGUACCGCAGAGAGUCCCCGCGCGCCUCCUCCUGCUGUGCACCCCUCCAUGCUCUCCCCUGCCAGUUUGGAGGCAGCCAUUAAGGGCAAAGGUGGGGCUCUUCCCACUAGGGGUAUAACAAUUCCCGCAGAGGGAGGGCUGGGGGGUGGGGGAGGUGGAGGGGGAGGAGGAGGGGGAGGGGGGAUGGCUGGGGGUUCAGGGGAGAAGGCUGGGAAGGUGCGAGAGCCUGCUAAGAAGGUGAAGAAGCCGCAGCAAGGGGAGGAGAGGGGCCGGUCUGUGCCAGGGCCGGCAGCUGUAGCAGGAGGAGGAGGGGAGGGAAGAGGGGGGGAGGGAAGGGGAGGAGGAGGUGCAACGAAGGUUGUUGCUUCCAGGUCUUCGGAGAGUGAGGUUGGCGGUGGGAAGAUGCGAGGGAUUAGAAAGAGCCAAACCACCAAGCAGUAA